CGCGCGGAACGCUGGAUCACGGCCGAUCAUCAUUCGAUCGUACUUGCGGCGUGUGUUGAUUUAUUUUUUCCUCAAUCGUUUUCACCUGUGUGCGCGGUUCGGUGGCAGAGCAGUAGCAGAGUGCAGUCAGUCGGUGUGUUUUAUUUGCUUUCCGCAGUUUCGCUCUCCGUCUCGAAUCACGACAACGACGACGACGGCUCUCGUAACGGAGCAAAAAGAUCAUAGAUCACUCACAAUUUAGCAGUGCAGCAGUUUCGGGUUCGUCGCUUAAUCCCGGGGAAAUCACCGCGCGCAGUUCAAAAGUGUGAAAACCUUUCCCUGGUAGUGGUGUCUGAAAACCAGCGCGGUUUGAAUGUGUACGAUACUCGUAGAUUCCAAGUUUCCGUCAAGUGUUUGUGGUUGCUAAUUGAACAAGUGUUUUCGCUUCUUCGUCACGACUGGUCGAUCGACUUUGAUAUUGUUUUUCCCUGAUCGAGUGCUUCAAACGAAUUUAGAUUGCUGUGUUAUUGUGCGAUUGUCGGCGAUUAAUUGGUGGAAAAAGGCAAAUAGCAAGCGUUGAUUGACUGCCGAAAAAUCAUUUCCGGCAGUUUAUGACCCGAAUCAGCGCUAGGUGAUGUGUGAAAAGUGCAAAUCCUACUAGAACCGGUGCGGUGUGUUUUUGUUUGUGUGUGUGCUCGUGUCGUUAAGUCUAGGAAGUCGAAACCGAGAACGUCAAGCCGGUUGAGUGUAUUCUACAUCCGUUCGGGGCGAUCGAGUGUCCUCAGUUAGCGUUGGCCUUUUCCCCGUCGUAAAAGAAUGUCAGUGGAGAAGUGUAAGGGUAAAAGAUCUUCCGUAAGGGGGCAGCGUUAAUCCAUAUUGAGGAAAACAAGCGAAAAGAGCAAAGUGAGAGGAAUUUGGCAGUGGAGAAGGCCAAAGCUGCGAAUCAGUGACAAACACACACACACACGGAGCACUGCAAAGUGGAUAGAUUCCAGCUACUUGUUGCUGCAGAGGAACCAGUGAGCAAUCGAAACGACUCCAACGUCGGGCUCGGACUUAUCAGCUCGCGUGGUUCACACUGACGGUUAUGUAAGCCCCCCGUGUGAGGGCAUGAGAAUCCAUCAGUGAUUUCGUACUUUUUGGCGAUUGCAAGCAACAACGCACGUGAUUGGACAAUUUCGGUUUCAGUUAGACGGAACUCAUCACUGGUGUGUCGAAUUGUGAAGGUCGCAAACACACACACGUCUCGACGAAGGCGGAAGAUCCAAUGAGGCCGAAAGUCAAAUAGUGAGGUUCAUCCAGCUAUUGAAACCAUCAAUUUUGGCUCUUUGAAAUCAACCAGCACCGAUCUCUUUUCUCCACCGAUCGGGGGCAACUCUAGCUUGGCCAGACCUCGAGGCAGGUAGCCACACUCACGCGUGAGACUAUGUGAAUGGGAAACGACGCCGACGACCACGACGGAUCAACCUUCUAGAUCACCAGCCGAAGUGUAUUCAAACCGGCGAUCACGAAACAUUGAUCAUGAUCAUGAAGAUCGAAACCGAAUAACUGAACGAACGAAACAAAAAGUUAACCAACCAAGGGGAAACCGUCCGACGGCAAUCAAAUAAUUACUAGCGUUUAAAGUUCCAACACCACCACCCACCUCCAUCAUCUUAGUAGCACUUCCAGUCGGAUCGCCACCAAAAAACGAAAAAAAUGUUGAAAAACAUCCACGAGCGAACGGUCAAAAAGGUUAAGGGCAAUCAUUACGUGGCCAGCCAUGGCGGUCGCGAUACCGUAGAUCUGCCGUAUGCCCAAGCCAACCGAGGUUACUCCACGGACGGCGAAGAUAGCCAGCGGGCGCCCUCGGAUCGAACCGUCUCGGAGUACACCGUGGCCAAUGAACGGGCCACGCCACCAACGGCUCCAUCCCGCAAGUCCCGAACGGACAAGUACCAGCAGAAUGGAACCACCACCACCACCACCAACGGAGGUCCACGACCACUCUCUAGUCCACCGACACGCGCUCCACCACGUGCACCGUCAGCUCUGAGCUACGAUCAUGGCGGCGAAACCGGAAGCGAUAUCUACGUCACGUCCGCUGCAUACAAAGCUCCCUCGGAAAUAAGCCGCUACAGUGCCCAUCGUAACCAACACAAUGCUUCGCGUGGUCCCCGUAGCGUGUACAGCGUAGCCAGCACGGCCAAAACGGGCCGCAGUUCGCGACGUCACGGCGCCAAGGUAGAAGCAAUGUCCGCUCCGAACCCAUUCUGUCCGAACGUCAAGGGCGUCUGCUGUCUGAUGCUCCUGCUCAACCUGGGACUGAUUCUGGUCACGCUGGGUUUCGUGAUAGUCAUGCAGUUCAUGGAGCCCCUGUUCGUGUGGAUACUGGGCGUGGUCUUCCUGGUGUUCGGUUUCGCGACGCUGAUUGGUAGCAUGAUCUACUGCGUGAUCGUGUGCCGCGAUGCGAAAACUCCCGAACAGCUGCGCAACGAGGACCUCUACUGGACCAAACAUUGGCAGAAGAGCAUCGGCUACACGCCACACGAGAUCGACUACAAAACGGACCGGUUCGACGAGCGGGACCGGUACUCGGACCGGUUCUCGGUGGGCAAAAUGAGCGGGAAGUACUCCGAUCGGGAGAUUACGCGAUAUUGAAGCUCGUCGAUGUCGCGUCCGAUGACCGGGAUGGAGAAAGAGAGAUGCAAUAAUAGUAACGGAACAAACUCGAAAGGACAAACAAUAAGCUUAACCAGUGUAACUGUAACGGACGUUACUAAUAAGAUUUAAUUUAAACGAUUUCGCUAAGUUAAUUGAGCCUAAUUUCUAAAGAAAACAGUCUGUAGGAUAAUCUAUUUCCACGUGCGUCGAGCGUGGUGGGAACUUUUAUUAAGAAAUCUAGCAAACAUAAUUUGUGUGACUUGAUUAAACCAAUAUCCAUUCCUUAGAAGUAAUGUAAUAAUUGUUUUAAAUGUUGUAACAAACGAUUAAUGUACAUAUUAAUGAGAGAAAGCAAAUAAAAACGACUUUUAUGUAACAAAAUAAA